CAAGCGAACCCAUCGUGCCUCUGCCACUUUGCAACUUGACUCGGUAACAGAAGGAACGUGUGGCUCAUGUGGAGCCGGUGUAAGGUCACACAGAACACUGCACUCUUUUUGCGAAAGUGAAGCUCCGAGAUGGUGUUCUUGACCGCCCCGCUUUGGAUUAGGUGCCGCGGACCGGACAGAUACUGGAAGGUUCAAGAACUCCUCAAGCAUGCACGGCACUUUAGAGGGAGAAAGAAUCGCUGUUAUAGUCUGGCUGUGCGGGCGGUGAGGAGGGCUUUCGUCUACGCCACUAAAGGUCGCAAGCUGAAGAAACGCAACAUUAGAACGCUUUGGAUCACACGUAUAGCAGCAGCAUCCCGAGAGCACGGCAUGAAGUAUCCCGCCUUCAUGAGCAACCUAACAAAGAGCAGCGUGCAGCUCAAUCGAAGGGUUAUCAGUGAGCUGGCCAUCACAGAACCACGGUCGUUCCUCUCCCUCGCCAAGCUGGCCAGGGCCCGGCAACAAGAAGGCUUCUGCGUGGCGUUGGGUGACGGCAAAGAACCUCCUGGUGUCUUCUCCCGUGUGGUUGUGCAGCAGUAGUGGCUUAGAUGGUGGAGGUGUUUAUUAAACAACACAGUGGACACAUACAAUUUUUUUUUUACCGUUUGUCUUCUGCAGUGUAAAGUUUUGUGUUGUCAUGUGAUUUUAUUAUUUACAAAUGAAAAUAUUACUUGGCAGAGUGGGUUUUCUUCACUCUUCUCAUCCUUUUUUGUUUGUGACCUGGUGAAGCCGUCACUCUGAGGAUAUUCAAUGACCUUACAAUUGUGUCAGAAACUCCCCUGCUGCAAUUUAAAUUGAACAUUUCUCAUAUUUUCUGAUAUAAUGUGAAUGAAUGGUCACAAUUUUCCCCCUUGUAAAUAUUUAUUUCUCAUUGUGUGCUUGUCCUCUGAAUGUUUAGUCAAUUAAACAUUUUGAUACCCAG